AUGAUUGCCAAGUCUCUUUUUGCAGUCCUGCCGCUUGUCGGCCUUGCUCGUGGCCAUGCUGCUAUUUUUCACAAAUCUGUAUGGGGAAUGAAUGUCACCCAGACCAACUCUCCCCAGUAUGGCCGUGAUAACCGUGCUGUAGCUCCCUUAAGGCAGCUGUCAUUCAACCAGUGGUGGUUCCAUGGUCAUCUCGACCAACCGCCGCAUCCCGAAGAUAUCAUGGAACUUCCCGCCGGUGGUAAAGUAACCACCGAGAUCUCCUGCGACAUAGGUGCCACUUCGCUUUGGCCAUGGGGCCCGGGUGGUGAUCACCAAGCCGGCAAUAAUCCAUGCCCCAACUCAUUUACCGAGCACAUCCACGCCAACAAUGAGAAUGAUCUCGGCGGCUGUGCUCUGGCGAUUGCAUACAAGUCGGAGGCAAGCGAAGUCAAGCCCGAAGAUUUUGUUGUGUUUAGUGUCAACCACAGGUGUGUUUGGGAUCGCUUCACCGAUUUCCAGAUCCCGGCCAACAUGCCUGAGUGCCCCAACGGCAAGUGUAUUUGCGGCUGGUACUGGCAACACAGGGAAGAUGCUGGUGGAGAUGAGAUGUACAUGAACAACUUUCAGUGCAAAAUUACCGGCGCGACUUCGAAUACGCCUAUCCCUCAGGGACAAGUCCCCGUACGUUGCGUUGGCGACCCCAGUAAAUGUGUCAAGGGUGCUAAGCAGCCUUUCUACUGGGAUCAAGCUGAGGGUAAUAACGUGUUUGAGAACAUUUACACGCCUCCUCUGUACUUGGAUAGUUACGGUUUCGCCGAUGGUGCUCAGAACGACAUUUGGGAUACCGUUGGUGGCGCGUCUCCCAUAGCGUCGAAGAGUGCAGACCUCGCUUCCACCUCCGUCGAAACCCCUGCUUCUACGGCUACUUCUAUCUCGACCACCGCGGUUGUGACUGAUAGCUCAUCGACCCCAGUGCCUGAGGCUACUACGACCCCCCAGGAGCCCGAUGCUCCAACGGCUGCCUCGUCUUCUGAAGCCCCUGCAACAUCCACUCCUGCUCAAACCCAGGCUGCCGAACCAUCGACACCUGCUUCCUCUGAGCUCCCCGCCUCUGCACCCGCCCCUGAGCCUACCUCUGCGCCUGCUUCUGCACCCACCUCUGCACCCGCCCCCGAACCUACCUCUGCACCCGCUUCUGCACCAGAAAUCACAUCCGUCGAGGCUCCCACCUCUACUUCUCCUUCCGCGCUCACGUCUUCGGCCCCAACUUCAACCCAGGGUCAACGCACUUGCCGAGCCAAAAAGCACAAGCGUUCGAUUCGUCACCAACGUCGCUCUCGCCGCUCUCUUUAA